UUACAAUUCAGUCCAUUCUUUGAAAAUAAAAUAUCAUGCGCAACAGCGGCAAAUUUUGGAUUAGUUGGAAAUGGAAGAUUAUUUAUUUUAAAUACGGGUGGGGGCAUUAACGGUGUGGAGAUCGAACGAAUUUAUGAUACUAAAGAUGGGUUAUUUGAUUGCUCGUGGAGUGAACUUAAUGAAAAUCAAGUUGUCACGGCUAACGGCGAUGGAUCAAUUAUGUUAUGGGAUAUAACGCUCAUGGAUUUUCCAAUAAAAAAAUGGCAAGAACAUCAAAGAGAGGUUUUUUCUGUAAAUUGGAAUUUGAUCAAAAAAGAUUCUUUUUGGCACCCUGAAGCUUUACAAUCUUUAUCCGUAUUCUCAGAGCAUACUGAAUGUGUAUAUAGUACAAUGUGGUCACCAUAUAAUCCUGAUGUUUUUGGUUCUGCAUCCGGUGAUAAUACUUUCAAAAUCUGGGACGUAAAAGUUCCAAGGUCAACUCAAACUAUACGCGCACAUAGCAAUGAAAUUCUCUCUCUAGAUUGGAAUAAAUAUCAAGAGAAUGUUGUGGUCACUGGUUCGGUGGAUCGUACAGUAAAAGUGUGGGAUUUAAGAUUUCCAGAUCAUGAGCUAAUCUGUUUACGUGGUCAUCAAUACGCUAUAAGAAGAGUGAAAUGUUCUCCACAUGAUGGUAAUAUUGUUGCCUCUGCAUCAUAUGACAUGACAAUGAGAUUAUGGAACACAACUUUGGUUGAUCCUUUGGUGGAAGUGCAUGAUGCACAUACUGAAUUUGUUUUAGGUGUCGAUUUCAAUUUAUAUAUUGAAGGGCAAAUAGCUACUUGUGCUUGGGAUGAACACGUGCAUAUAUGGAAUCCUGGCCCUUUGAUGAAACCAAAUAUACCUAUGCCUUAG